AAGUAGUUAAAAUAAGCAAAUCCUGACUUUGUUUUAAGUAUAACUUUACCCGUUUCCCCGUUUUUAAGUACACAAACUCGCCGCUACACAUUCACUGAAAACACCACCCGAUCACACAAGAUCCCCAGUCGAGCUUUAUCAGUGGCGCUCAGAGAUUGAAGGAAGAAAACUUGGAAGAUUUUGUAACAAUCCAUGCUCAUGUUUAGGUGAUAUACUGACUCCAUGACGACUACCCAGACUACGAUGAGUCAGCCUAAUAAAGCUAAUGACUCCUCUGCUGCCAAAGUUCAAAACACAGCUUCGUCAUUCAAAAGGUUGGGCAGGAAAUCUCCAUUUAUGAGAUAUGGACUUCCUAUGAUCUCACUAACCGUGCUUGGAUCUAUUGGUCUUAGCCAACUUCUCCAAGGCAGCAAGGAUAUUGCUAAAGUAAAGGAUGAUCAAGAGUGGGAAAUCAUCGAAACAAGAAAAGCUCUUUCCAGAGCUGGACCUAUCAAUGCAUAUAACCCCAAAAAGAUUAACUUGGAGGAAGAACUAAUGGCUUUGCAAGAGAAGGUUGAUAUUAAUGAUUAUGAAUAUAAGAAAAUCCCGAAGCCCAAGGAAAGCGAAUAAACAACAAAGAUGGUACUGGGACUCUUGUGCAAUAAAUUUGCAGCUCGUAAGCUUUUCUAUUGGAGAGUCGUUAGAUGGAUUUAUCUACCAGGCAGCACUUCCAUCCGCGAGUUACAUGCUACUAUUAGAAAUAGUUUCUACUAAGUUGUGUAUGCUUUUAGCAGAAUAUGUAGCUCUAAACCGGCUGAGUAUAGGUAACUCUUAGUCAAGUUUAAGUUUUAUCCAUUCCGUGUUUGUUUAAUUCCAAUAUUAAAAGUUGAUUUACCUAAA